UCGCAGUCGAUCUCGUUCGUUUGCGACUAUCUCCGUGCGUUUGCCAUACUCCCGUAGCACAUUCACGUCUAUCCGUUUUGUUGACGAGGUGCACAUCUAUCGAGUCAGGAUGAAAUACGUGGCGUUAGCAGUGAUUCUGGGAUUGGCAGUGGCGCAAGAUUCAAAUUAUCAUCGCAACUACCAGCAGGAUGAUGGACAACAUCAGGCUGAUAUCAGACGACCAACAAGCACUACGCCCAUUCCAAUCUUGCACUGGAACAAGCAGCAGGAACACGAUGGGACUUACAAAAUAGGUUACGAAACGGGCAACAAUAUCAUCGCCGAGGAAAGCGGCUACAUUAAGACCAUUGGCGAAGGUGAAGACCGGGCGGAGGCGAUCGUGCAGCAAGGCACCUUCUCGUACACGAGUCCCGAGGGACAGCUGAUCACCAUUCACUACACCGCCGACGAGACCGGCUUUCACGCGCAGGGCGAUCACAUUCCCACGCCACCGCCCGUUAGCGCGGAGAUCCAGAAAGGCCUCGACCUCAUCUAUGCGGGUAUUCGUCAGCAAGAGGAGGAAGAUGCUCGCGCAGCAGCCCAAAAACCACAACAGCCACUGAGCCAGCAAGUCGACAGGCGAGACGAUUACAACAGAAAGUACCAAUAGUGAGCCCCUCCCCCUCUCCCUCCCGUCGAUGUUUCAGCGAUAUAGCGUAUUCGCAGCACUGUAUACCGUUAUUAAGAAAUAGCAAUUAAGUUGUUAAGUUACUUUACUCCCAUCGCGCCCCAAAUACACUUGUCUUCAUUCUAUGUACAUUUGUAGUAAGAAAUAUCGCUUGUAUGGUAA